GACCUUUGGAGUUAUUCUGCUUAUGUAUCAUUUGGAUGUCUUUUAGGAGACUCUAGGCUCUAGUCCCAGUUAAGAGAAGUUAGAAAAUUGGAAGAAACAAAUAGAAAUCUAGAUUGCCACUACGAGGACACAAAAGAUGGCGAAUGCAAAGAAGUCACAGAUGAUGUCAAAGGCUCUACUGCAAAGAUCCAGCGUAUUCGAACUGCCGCUACAUAGACCAGGUCCUUGUGGGUCAAGUAUAACCUCCUUUGCCUGUGAGCCGAAACACAGCGAUCACGAUCCUCACCAUAGGCAACAGAAGAAGGUCCAAUUUGAGAAUACAUACCGCAUGGAGCCUGAGACGAGAUUCAAGAUAGAGACAGUACAGGAGAUUAUACGUGAGGUUCUACAAGAGAAUCUAAAGGAUAAAAUGUAUGAUCCCAUUGACUGUAGCUUGUUAUGUAAGGACCUUGCGCAAGAGAUUAAAGUCAAGGUAAAAGCGCUUGGAUUCGCCAGAUACAAGAUAAUAUCAUACGUCACAAUUGGGGAAAAGAAGGAACAGGGCAUGCGAUGUGGCAGUAGAAAUAUUUGGGAUGCAUCUAGGGACAAUUUUGCCAGUGGCAAUUUCGAGAACACAAGCCUCUGCGCGAUGGCAACAGUGUAUGCAAUUUAUUACGAAUAAAUUGUCGAAUUGAUGUUUCUUCAUAUGACAAUGAUAGAAAAUGCGGAUGGUGCCUAAAAAGUUCAGAGACGUUUCUAAAAAAAUAUUUUAAAAGUUAUUGUUUGUAAAAGUUUUAAUGGUAAUAAAAUGUAACUUUACAUUAUGAUUUUAAGAACAUAUAUAUUUGAGGUUCCUGGAAUUAGGCUACUGUAUCUUUGACUGCUAACUGACUGCUGGAAUAAACGUUCAAAGUCAUAUUCAUAAAUAAAAUGGAAAGGUCAUUAAUCUAAAUGCCAAGAGUAAUUUCUUAUUGCAGCAGAAAAGAUAUAUGAUGUUAUCAAAGAAAAGAUGAUUGCACAACGCAGACCAAAACACAUUACGUUUUUUUAUUAGUUUUUAUCAAUCGAACAAAGUAAUGAAAUCAUU